AUGUAUGUUUUUCUUGUAGCCGUAAAAAUUGCCAAGGGGGAAGAGCCCAUAGUGGAUGUUAAGGUAAAUUCGAGAGUAAAAGUCCUGCACAGUGAAGUAGGAGUACAAGGUCAACUGACUAUCGGAGGACACCGAACAGGCUUCCAUGGUUCUGCAGAUGCUAAUAUCCUGGGACAAAAAGCUAAUGUCCAUGCUGAUCUUUUGAAUAUCCAUAAAAAUCCUAACGACACCCACCACCAACAUGAGUCAGCGAUUAAGAAAUUGAAGGAGUUAAUAAAUAAAAAAAAGAACCAAAAUGAAGUAGUAAAUGGUGACCAAUAUAUUGAAAAUGAGUAUCCUAGUGGUGGUCAAAAUGUUUAUUAUUUACCUGAAGAACAGAAUUAUCCACAAUAUCGUGAAGUAUAUCAACCUAAUGUUGUUAGUGAUGUACAAAAUGUUGCUAAUGAUAGAGGUUACCCGGUUUAUAUUCCUACAGGAAAUGCACAAGACCUAGCAGAUUAUUAUAAAUACGGAGCACCUGGAUCUCCUUCUAUGUAUGUCGAUAAUGAGGGAAGGUAUGUUAGAGAAGAUACAUUUUGGCAACAAGAAGACAAUUAUAAAACGAACCCAAAAUAUCUUGCUGCAGUAGAAGAUGGGGAUUACAGUGGUUUAAUUGAUAUUUUAGUUUUCCUGGUGGCACUCAUCGCCACUUCCCACUGUUUCUUCCUUACACAAAUAGGAAAAGGAGUUGCAGGAUUGGCUGGCAAUGUGGUACAAGGAGCAGGUAGUGUGGUAGAAGGAGCAGGUAAUGUUGUAUACCAGGGCGGCAAAACAGUCGUUAAUGGCGCUGGACAAACUGUUGUUGGAGCAGCAAAUGUUGUUGGGCAAGGAGGUGCAGCUGUGGCCCAGGGAGCCGGUGUAGUAGUAAAGGAAACCGGCAAAGUGGUUGAAAAAGUCGCUGAUAAAACUGGAAAAGUUAUUACCGGACAAGAACCAUUGGCCAACCUAAACAUAGACACCAAAGUGAAGAUUUUGGGUAAUGAAGUCGGCAUUAAAGGAGGAGUCAAACUAGGAGUUGGAAAACAACUAGGGGCACAUGCUGGCGUGAACGCAAAUAUUCUAGGGCAAAAAGCUAAUGUCAAUGCUGGUAUACUUAACAGUUCGCCAAACCGUCAUACAAAAAUUAUUGUUCAAGAGAAAAAUGUUAUUCCUGAGGAAACACUUGAGAAAUUAUCAAUAUUCAAAUUGAUAAAGAAUUUGAUGAUUGUGAGAUUGAUGACUCAAAUGCAAGCGGUUGUUGAAAAUCUUGGACCCCACAACAAAUUAGGCAGCUCUAUAAAAGCAAUAAAAGUUUUAAAUGUUUUUGGUUUUGCUAAUACUGAAAAGAGGAAAAGGUUCUAUAAGAAGGAAUCAAUUCCUUCAAAAAUAAAGAAACAGCAGAACUGUGAGUCAUAUGAAGAAUUAGCAAAAAAAAAAGAUUGA